AUGUCCUCCGUAUCUUCGAGCGCCUCAUCGCCUGAUGCGCUGGGUCCAGAAGGAGACGCACUGUAUCUCAUUUCAUCGCCGGUGCCACAAUUUAGCGGGCGACAAAGCUGGGUUCCGCCUUACACGAUCCAUACACCACGGAGGCAAGAACGUGUGGCUCGACAGACGCCAAAACAGACCAUGCGCUUCAAUGAUAUUAUACUACCGACGAGUCCUCAUAUGCGACAACGAUCAAUGUCCCCAACAAAAAUGCAAUCAGAGGGAAAUCUAAGUCCGUGGAGGAUACGAGUGACAGUGGAGGCUGAGCAGGAAGAUGACGAAAAUAAUCAGGAUGGGCCUCGGAAGAAACUCAAACCUUCAACCAUCACAACCAAGGUACCGUUGAAGGAUGAAGAAAGUAACCCGCCGUCUGCGAAAAAGCGAAGAGGUCGCCCGCGCAGAUCGGACGUUCGCGAAAAAAGUCUCAGUCCGAUCAAGGGAAGCCCAGGACGAACACCAAAACAGCAACCCCCAGAUUCGAUAAAGCGACCGCGUGGACGGCCGCGGAAGAGUAUGCAAAGUGAGACUGUCGCCCAAAGCAUCGAGGCCGCAGGAAGUCCUGUCAGGAAUAAUAUGAGGUCAACUACACUUGACGGAGUCAUCGACAGGGAGUCCCCCGCGCCGUUCAUGACCGCCGACAUGGGGCCACCUUCUGACGCAUCAUCGGAACCUGAUCCUUUCCUCGAUAUGGCCGGAUCCGGAGCUUUCGAAGCACAGUCACCACGCCCGAGUUCCCACCGUUUCUCUCCACCCGUCGUCUUUGAUUUGCCUGGUCCCGAAAAUGCGAAACCUGCACAAGCCGCUAUGAAUGCGCAACAAGCGACACCACAGGCAUCUGUUUCUCCUAUCCGAAGGCUAAGAGGAACGACUCCCCAAAAUACUUUAUACGCAGGACAUACUCCUCGGGCGCUACGUAGAAGCUAUCCCACCCCUACGUCGUCCUCACUUGUUGAUGGGAAUGGAGAAAAGUCGACGUCAGUUCAGCAAAGUGAUGAUAUUCAGCCGAUUGCGGAUCCGACUGAUGUGCAUCACGAAUACGAUACGAUAAUGGAGAGUGAAGAUUUCAGCAUGGUGUCUCUAGAUACUCUUCCGUCCGCAAAGCAAGCGGGGCUCAGCUCGAUUCUUAGCUCCUCCAAGGGGACUCUGAAGCCUUUGAUCGAGAAGCAGACUGCGGUUUCUACCGAGAACACAAAAGCAAAUACUACAAAAUCUCCUCAAACUCGCAGCAGUCAUGCUCCUGGGCUCUCUACAACACCAUACUCCAAGUCUGUGGGAAUACAAAGCCACGAAUCGGAUGAUCAAGUUGUGCCGGUUGCUGUCGAUACAGUCGUCAUGAACGCAUCAGUAUCAGGGCCUUCAAUACGACCGGCAGUUGAAAAGGUCAGGAAAAGAUUUCUUAGUCUUGCUCGCACAGUCCGACUCGGCCUGAGUUUGCAUGGUACUCUGAUUCAUCAACAGAACCUUGAUGCAGAAGAUAGCGAUGAGGAGGAGGAAGAGAUAGCAAGCGCAGCUGGAAAAUUGCAGCAUAUAUUCAGCGAUCUUGAUGUUGAGUCUCAGCGCCACCUUCAAGCUGGUCUUAGAUUUGCCGAACUUGUGGCCCGUGGGACGAUGAGGUCUAGAAGGCUACAAAGUCGAGAAGAGAGAGAAGCGAAGGAAGCUCGAGAGAGAGAUAGCAGCGAGGAACAAGAACCUAUUGAAAGUCCGCAACAAGCAGAUACGUUUUCUGAUGAAGAUUUGUCAGAAGAAGAGGAAAUGUCGAGAACUCAGCAAAUAGAAGCUGAGUGGCAGCGGGAGCGUGAACUGGUCAGUCGUCAGAUUGAUAUGGCAGGGUCGGACAACGUGAUUGUGCUUGACAGUGAUGCUGACGAUGUCUCGGCACAGAGAGGAAAUGAAGAGCAGGUUCACGAGGAAGAUGAAGGCAUUGAAGAAGAGGAGGAGGAGGAGGAAGAAGAAGAAGAAGAAGAAGAAGAAAGCGAGGGCGAAGAUUACGGAGAUGUCUGGCAAGAAGAAGCCAGGAAUCACGACUCCAGCUCUAACAGACAUGCGACAUUCGCAUCAUCGAUAGACGAGAAAAUAGUAUCGACGACUAGUGGCAGAGGACAAGAAAGCUCGCGCAGGAAUAUAAGUCAACGCUACGAUUGGGAUCCAGACAAUGGUGAGAUCCCACCACUUGGAAGGUCGCGAACGGCGCAACUACGCGAAGAGGAAGUUGAUCUGUCACUUCUUUUGAAACCGCGCGACACUCCAAAAUCGCGCCAGUACUAUGGAAACAGCCCUCGCACGGCUUCAAGUCGAAGAAUACAAUCCGAUAGGAGCUCUAGAUAUAGCGGACCUAGUCGCGAUGCUUCGUCGCCUCUUAAACGGUCUUCACUGGGUACUAAUCAGGGUAACUACGAACCUCAAGUUUUCCAUGAUGAUCACGGAGGGGAUGACGAAAUGUUGGAUGAAGAUGACCUAGUCGAAGAACAGGAAGAUGAGGAGGAACCCGAGGAGGAAAUCGGGGGAGAAAUCGAGGAGCAGGAACAAGAAAAUGCCGAAGAUGAAGAGCAAGAAGACCAUGACAGAGAGAGUGACGGUGAUGGCGACAAUGUUUACAUUGAAGAGAGAAAAGCUAUGGACGAGGAUGCUCCCUUCGACCCAUCUAUUACUACACCCGAGCAUGCAGUAUCUGGGCCAAAACAGUCAUGGUUCCGACGCAUUACAAAUAACUUCACGCCAGUCUGGUGGACUACAUCAAAGGAGGUCCCCUUGGACGAGUCUCAGAGCCCGCCAUUCCCGACAAAUGAACAAACGCCAAGUCUCAAACGCUCUCGUGCGUCUAGAGAUGCAGAAGAAGCCAGAGAGUUGGAACAGGCUACUCCGGCGGUUUCUACGAUACAAUCACGAAUCAAGAAGCACCGCCUUUCUUCUUUUUCGUCGCCAAAAGCUCUCGCGACAUCGGGCUACUUUACAGACGCGCACUACGUUGCCCUGAAACGGCUUUACUGGGAGGCGAAACGAUACCCCGAACGCUUUCCCUACCAUCCAACCGCGCGCCGCGACGAAAUGCUCGGCGACUCUCUAUGGACAUCGGACGGCGAGCACGGUCUACCGAUUGCCAAGAUCCAAUUCGGGAUUUUGGAUCGGUUCGUCUCCGAAUUGAUAAGCGCUGAUAUCCGGAGCGGAGGACGGGGUCAGAUCGGAUGGACAGAGGAUGAUCUGCACAAACGUCUGUUCAGUAUCAUCGUCGGUGAAGAGAUUCGGCGAGAACGAAGGGAGCAGCGCCUGUUGAGCGAGAUGCGUUAG